UCGAGGCGGACCGACAGAGUGGCAGACCGGGUCGGAUUCGGCACCAGACGGACUCGUUAGAACCGGAUCUCAAAGAGCCGCGACGCCUUCUGUUAAAUUCCAGUCGCUGGCUCUAGAGACACGUCGUCACACAAAGCCGAUAAGCAGCAGCAGCGGCAGCAGCUCGCGGUACCGGGGACCGGCGGAGCAUCGAGCGGUGCGUUCAGGGACCGGUUGGACCGAUUUGCGGUUAAAUUGAGUUUUUACUCGAGGAACAUGAUGCGGAUGCCGAAAGGCGUCUCUCCGGCGGCAUCGUGUCGGCCGGCCGCGGGGCUGUCAUGCCCCCAGCAGAAGAUCAAGCUUCUGUCCACCGGGGGAGUGAAGACCGAGUUCUUCAGCACCGGGCUGUCCAGCCCGCCGAUGAGCUCGGUGCCGGCGGGCUACUUCACCCAGAUCUGCAACACGGCGGCGGCCGAACAAAGAGCCAACAGCCUGUACUCAACCCCCCACGGACCCGAGGCUAAACCCAUCAGAUCAUCCUCCGGGCGACUGCCGGCUAAAAGGAAGCUGGAUCUAGAGGACCCGCUUUACCUUCCGGAGUUCCGCACGCCGAAAGGCAAAGGCAGCGUCGCAGCCGGGAUACCAAGUCCGAGGACUCCAAAGUCUCCGGGCGAGCGGACGCGGUACGACACGUCCUUGGGCCUGCUGACCAAGAAGUUUGUGGGUCUGAUUGCGGAGUCUCCUGAUGGAGUUCUUGACCUCAACUGGGCCACUGACGUUCUGGAGGUCCAGAAAAGGCGCAUCUAUGACAUCACCAAUGUCCUGGAGGGAGUCCAGCUCAUUCGAAAGAAGUCCAAGAACAACAUCCAGUGGCUGGUUGGAGACGUAUUUGAGGGUGGUGCAGGCGGAGGAGAGAAGGCCUGCUCCCUGAGGAAAGAACUUGGAGAGCUGGAGAGAGUAGAAAAAUCUCUGGAUGAACUGAUCCACUCCAGCACCGCAAAGCUCAAACGACUCACCGAAUAUGAAGACAAUAAGAGGUUAGGCUAUGUGACCUAUCAGGACAUCCGCUCCAUCGGCACUCUCCGAGACCAGACGAUCAUCGCCGUCAAGGCCCCCGCCGACACCAAACUGGAAGUGCCAGACACGGCCGGGCAGGGGUCAUUACAGAUCUAUUUAAAAAGUAAGAAUGGACCCAUUGAAGUCUACCUGUGUCCAGAGGAGGGUCUUGAAGAUGCCAGCCCGGUGAAGAGCGCCGCCACCCCGAAAAAGGAGUUCCCUCAACCCCUCGGCCCGCCCACGGCAACCACGAUGGCGCCGCCGAGCUACUGCAUCAAAGAGGAGCCGGCUGACUUCACCAUCUCGACAGCGGCGGCGGCCGCCAGCUCCUCUGCUGCAGCCUCCACUCUGCUGGACGUGGAGCGUCUGCUGGGGUUGCCCCCCAGCCUGCUCCAGAUGACGGAGGACCAGCUGCCCUGCACCUCCUUCGCCUCAGACCCCAACACCCCCUUCGUCAGCUUCUCUCCCCCUUUGGACCAUGACGAUUACCUCUGGAGCCUGGAGGAUAGCGAGGGAGUGUCAGAUUUCUUCGACACCUAUGAUCUUGGAGAACUGUUGAAGAGCUGAGGUGUGGAUGAAGUGGGCAGGAGGACAUUUGGGGAGAUUAUGGGGGUAAAUAUUUAAUUUAUUGCCAUCUCAAGGUAGGAAAAUAAUACACUAUAAAGCCAUAACUCUUGAGUUUUUACCAUGCCUGUUUUAAUGUUAAUGAGUCCAAAGGAGGAGUCUCCCCCACCCCCCGUCUUGUUUUAUUGUAACAAACAUAUUUUGUACAUAACACUGAUGGUACUGGAAGGUCGGGUGAAGGUUGCCGUUUAAAAAGCAGACACUGUUUUGGAUAAUUCACAUUUUCAGAUUGCGCUACAAACACAAAACAUGUAAUAACUCUUACGCAGUAGUUAUCGUGCAUAUCACAUCAUCACCAUCUGUUUCAUUCGGUUCAGUGUGACAACUCAGGAAUGGUUUUCUUCCUCGUUUCCAAAGUCUAAAUAUGUAGUGCCGCUCUUCGGCCCGUAGGGGGCAGCCUUGUAUUAUGUCAGCUUUAACUGCCGUGCAGCUUUACAGGAUUCAAUCACUGGACUUCAAGAACUCACCGGGUGGGUUUUUCAGACCGUACCGUCUUCAACACUGACCAAAUCCAGCUGUGAAUAAAGCGGGUCGGCGUCGCUCCACAAGCAUCUCCAGCUUCAGACGGUAUCGUGUGAAAUCACAUUUGGAGCUUGUGUUCUUUUUGCUCACGUUGCUUCUGUCCGAUGAGGCUAGCUCUUUCCUGCCUUGAGCUUUUUGUCGGGCCUCGCACCCGUUUGGUGCCAAAUUGUGUGCCAUAAUGUGAAAGGCAGCUUCUGAUCCCAGAGAGUGGACCCAGAUCCAGAGUUAAUGACUCAUAAUAAGUACUUUGUCAACACACGCUCUCUUCGACUGAGCAAGAGAGUCACUCUUGUUGGUUUGGCAGCUUUAUUGUGAAUCCAGGUGCUCCUCUAUGGAUAAGAGUUUUCUCAUUUUGAUUUAAAUUGUUUGAUUCGGUGGUGUGAAACUACUCUUGUAUUUCUGAGGAAAUAACCAAAAUAAAUUAAAUGCAGCAUCUGUGUUGCAGAUGUGGGGGUUAAUUGAUGAAUUAAUGUUUACUUAGAGUAUAGAUUAGUGUUUUCUCUUGUUCAAAAAUGAGUGCAGUCUGUUGAUCUAGCAGCAACAGAAACCAAAAGGUAUUUGUACCUUUACUGUUAAAGUGUCACGCCCAUGAAUGCUUCCCCACACGCGGCGGUGCAACCCUUUAAAAUGUCAAAGACAUGGAUCCGAGGUCGGAUUUGGCGGCGACUUGUAUCUUUAUUUUUCGAAGCGUUCUCGACAUUUGCAAAUUUGAAUUUCAUACUGAUGUGUUUUUGGCUUGCCCGCUUCCCUGCGGAGGUGAGCUAACUGUCCUGUCCUAACGAAACUUGAAAAUGUGUGUUUGUGUGUGUAUUUUUGACAGCUUGGGAAAUUAGUGUCAUGGUGUGUUUGUGUGUGAGAUUUUACAAUGUAGAUUAGAGAAUGUAAAUUCAGAAUUUUUAGGUUUAUUAUUAUUAUUAUUAUUUUUCAAUGAGCAUUAUUUUGUUGGUAUUUGUACAUAAUUUGUUUUGUAUUUAUACCUAUUUUUUCUGAAUUUUUCGAAAGUCUUUUUUACAGAAGACUAAACUGUUCUUGUAUAACAUGCGGCACUUAAUAUUUUGUAAUAUUGUGUGGUCUGUUUGAAAUGAUUAAAUAAAUUCUGAAGCCAUGGUUUA